UAAAAGGUCUGAACCAAUAAACCCAACGAGCCUUUAGGGCAAAACUCGUAGCAGACUCGCAACUAGAGCAAGCUUUAGCCUACUACACGCGAGUAGUUUGUAAAUAUAAUGUCAAAUUUAUCUACACUUGUCGUAGUGCUGCACUUUGUUGUAUAUAUUUACUUUGAAAGCAGUGGCGUCGAAUCAAGACCGCCGGAUUACCACCCAACUGGAUUGUUUAUCGACAACCCAACGGAAGCGACAAGAGUGCCAAAAUUUAAAGACAAUCUUCAGAGACAAGUCCUACCCAUUUUAAAGAAAAAGUUCAACCGUUUGCCAGGUGUUUGUAGACGUCUGAAGAGGAGGAGGAUAACAAUUUUGUGCAACACUGAAAAGUUCUGUUCUGCGAUGAAAUAUUCUCAGCAUGGCCACAUCUGCUCCUGCCCAAAACGAUCAAAGUGCUCUCAUUUCUUUUUAUGGACAUUGUGACCUCACUCUUUCUCUCUCUCCCUCCCUCUUUUAAAAUAAAAUCACAAAAUACAUAAAAGUCAUUCAUGAAACAAUCAUGUGACUACAGAAAAUUCCUUAUCCUAUUUAUUCCUCAGUUUUAUCAACAGAGGACAGGAAGUGUCACACAUCAUUCAUAAAAAUACACUGUUUACAUUUUAGGUAGAUCAGUGAAGUUGACUACAGGACAAAGUCGGACCAAAUUCACAUGGUUUCUUUCAUAAAAUGUGGAGUUUAAAUAAAAUAACCACCAUUAGCCUUAACAUACAUGUAUCAUGUUGUCAAACCAAUCAUUAUUGUAAAUAAAAAUGUACUUUUAUACCCAAAA